AUGAGAUGGUGGAUAGAGAAGCAAAAGAAUGAACGUACGAUGGAGGAGAGAGAUCGGCAGGAAGCCGAGAAAGCGUACCAGGAAGCCGUCAUCUCCAGGGACAAGCGCGCCAUGACGUUAGAUCGUAUGGAGCGAGAAUGUCGUCGAAGGUUGAACGAAGCCACCGCAAGUUUCAAUCGGGCCCUGGCGGAGGAACAGGAGCGACGCCGCCACUGCGAAGCCCUUCGGGACGAGGAGGAUAAGAAAGCGGAAAUCUACAAUCACGUGACCGGGGACUUCCUCACGGAAGCCAAAGAGCAGGCCGAGAGCACCCGUGGACCGCACAAGCCGUUGGCCUCGCGCUACAAAGGCAUGUCCGCGGAUGAGCUUCGCGUUUUCAGGGAGGAGCAAGCACGUCAGAUGAUAGAAAUCGAGAGAAUGAAAUUGGAGGAGAAGCGAAUGAACGAGGAAUGGGAUCGGUUGAUGAAUUCACACGCGCAAAUCGCGGACACGUACCAGCGUGAAAUGGACCGGAAGAGAGCGGAAAUAAAGAAGAAGAUAGCCGACGAGAACCUGCGGCUGGCGGAACAACAAAGAUCCCGUCAGGAGUAUCUGAAUAAAACUCUUUACAAAACUGGACCAACUGCCGCCUUCUUUGAACAAUUUAACAGAGACGCUCGUUGA